GUGCUGGCCAUGCCUGUGCCCACAGAGGGCGCCCCUCCGCCCCUGAGUGGCACCCCCGUUCCAGUCCCAGCCUACUUCCGCCACGCAGAACCUGGCUUCUCCCUCAAGAGGCCUGGAGGGCUCAGUCGGAGCCUCCCGCCCCGGCCCCCUGCCAAGGGCAGCGUCCCCAUCAGCCGCCUCUUCCCUCCUCGGACCCCGGGCUGGCACCAGCCCCAGCCCCGGAGGGUGACAUUCCAAGGCAAAGCCUCUGAGACCCUUCAGAGCCCCUCCUAUGACCCGAGCCGGCCAGAGUCCUUCUUCCAACAGAGUUUCCAGAGGCUUGGCCGCUUGGGCCACGGCUCCUAUGGAGAGGUCUUCAAGGUGCGCUCUAAGGAAGACGGCCGGCUCUAUGCAGUGAAGCGCUCCAUGUCGCCCUUCCGGGGCCCUAAGGACCGGGCCCGCAAGCUGGCCGAGGUCGGCGGCCACGAGAAGGUGGGGCAACACCCGCGCUGUGUGCGGCUGGAGCAAGCCUGGGAGGAGGGCGGCAUCCUGUACCUGCAGACGGAGCUGUGUGGGCCCAGCCUGCAACAGCACUGCGAGGCCUGGGGCACCGGCCUGCCCGAGGCCCAGGUCUGGGGCUACCUGCGGGAUACCCUGCUUGCCCUGGCUCACCUGCACGGCCAAGGCCUGGUCCACCUUGACGUCAAGCCCGCCAACAUCUUCCUGGGGCCCCGGGGCCGCUGCAAGCUGGGUGACUUUGGGCUGCUGGUAGAGCUGGGCGCAUCUGGAACUGGUGAGGCCCAGGAGGGAGACCCCCGCUACAUGGCCCCUGAGCUGCUACGGGGCUCCUAUGGGACAGCGGCGGACGUGUUCAGGUGA